AGCCAAUCGUCCGCGCUAGCCGACUUUCUGCGCGCUGGAUUCUCACUUCUUCCUGGAGAACCGAAGACGCUACAGUGGUAUGCUCUGAAGUACGAGAGCGCUUCGCCGACGUAUGCGAUCUUUGAUACGUUCGCUGAGGAGGAAGGACGGGCAGCACAUCUGAAUGGUGAGAUUGAAUCAGCACUUGUUGCCAACGCGCCAACCUUGGUCGCUGGAGCUCCACAGAUCAACAAGGCCCAAGUUCUAGCAAGUAAAGUUCAGAAAGCAGACGUCAAGCUUGGACUACGCGUCCUAGCAGAGGCGAAACCGAAUAAAGUCGAGGAUGCCAAGCAAUUCCUUAUCGUACGUCUUCUCGUUCAGUUGUUGAAUUUCAAAUUUCAAAUUCAGGGAGAGGCUCUGACAUGA